AGCACAGCACCCCUCACUCCAUAGUCUCUCUCACCGUUCCCUCCUUCCAGAGCGUUCUACUCCGGCGAGAUGCUCCUCUCGGAGCUCCCGAGUCCCCCUCGCCCAUGGCGCCCUCGCGUUCGAGAAGCCCAUUCCGCCCGCCCUCGCCACCUCCCUCUCCUCGGCUCCCACGCUACGCUUUUAUCGAGAAGGCGCCACCUCCACCUCCUCCUGCCGCCUUCCGCGACCCCGUCCGACGACCCCGCGCUCCCUCCGGCGAGGCGGUCGGACCACCCGAAGAAGGCGUCGGGUGAGGGCGAGGGGUGGAGGAGGAAGGCGGUGCCGCCCGGUACGCGCGGGCCCUCCAGCCCUGUCCCCAAGGAGACGCUGUCGUCGCCCCGGUGGACGGCGAGGCGGCAGGCGCGCGCCGCGUGGUGGAAGGCGACGUCAUUGGUGCCCAGGAGGGCCAGGAGCGUCAUCCUUCUCAACCUGCUCGUCCUCAUAUUCGCAAGCAACAUUUCUAUUGUCAAAGAAGCGCAGACUAUGUUGGAUCCUGACCUUUUCAAUAUCAUACGCUUCACUAUCGCGGCCAUUCCUUUUGUGCCAUUCUUGUUGAAGUCACUCAGAGACAUGCACGUUGUUAUUAGGGGUGUAGAGUUGGGGAUUUGGGUAACCUUGGCCUACCUCACUCAGUCUAUUGGGUUAGUUACAGCUGAUGCUGGCCGUGCAUCUUUCAUAUCCGCCCUCACAGUGAUCAUUGUCCCUUUCUUGGAUGGUAUUCUUGGAGCAGAAAUACCUGCAUAUACGUGGCUUGGAGCAUUUUUAUCAGUUCUUGGGGUUGGUAUUCUGGAAUUAAGUGGUUCUCCACCAUGUGUUGGUGAUCUUCUGACCCUCCUUAGUGCCUUUUGUUUUGGAAUUCACAUGCUCAGAACCGAGCAUAUUUCCAGGAAAAUGAAGAAAGAAAAUUUCCUAGCCCUUGUUGGAUGUCAGGUGGUUGUUGUAGCUGUUGUGUCGGCAGUCUCGUUCAUUGUUAAAUGCUUCCUCCAGACUGUGGUACCCUGGAAUUUAAAACCACAUACACCAACAGAGUUAUUCAGUAUGAUGUCAUCUUUUCCUUGGCUAGCAAUACUCUACACAGGCAUAAUUGCAACAACCUUUUGUUUAUGGGCAGAGAUUGUUGCUAUGCGUGAUGUGUCAGCUACAGAAACUGCAAUAAUUUAUGGUCUGGAACCAGUAUGGGGUGCUAUUUUUGCAUGGGCAAUUCAUGGUGAGAGAUGGGGCAUUACUGGACUUAUUGGAGCUAUCUUCAUCAUAGCCGGUAGCUUGAUGGUUCAGGUACUGGGGUCAUUUCUUGAUAUUGAUGUAUCAGAGGACAGUUACCAGAUGAACAGCUGAUACAUAAAUCGCAAAAAUACGAGGAUUUCAUAUGAUAACAUAUGAUCACUACUGCGAUGUAAUAUGCCAAGUAGCUAGCAUGACACUGCAACAAGAUCUAACUACAAUUAUGGCCAGUUGCACAAGGAAAGGAAAGUUCACUAGGCUGACAACAAUAGGGGUGGCUCACUAGUGGCCUGGGCAACUGAUGAAAACAAACUGUGGUGCGUCGUCACGUGGAGAACACAGCUACAGAAAGUGGGGAUGCGUAUCACUCGACUAAACGCCUAGGGUAGCCUGAUUUAGUACCAAUUACAUUCUAAAUCCCGUUUUCUCUCGAUGUAAAUCAGUCCACAUGAUGUAGUAUGUAAUACGUUACCUCAUGCUGAUUCUGUAUUGACCUUUGUUUUAGUACGUUAUUGUUCAUUGUCAACUAGAUAUGUCUAUAAAACUAGAUUGUACCAACUGACACAUAGUUUAAAAAUUCUCCAUGGGAUCA